GAAUGUUGGCCACCAGGGGCGUUGUAUAUAGAAAGGGGCAGAAUAAAUAUAAUGGCGUUCAAGAAAACUGGUGUCUAUUGCGGCUAUUAUAGUGGCGACGAGUACGAGUGAAAUUCACGCGUAAAAUGGACGGAGUUGGUGAUGGAGACGAUCAGGAAGAGGUACGCUCGGAAGUGGAAGUGGAAGAAGACCUGCCCAGUCAAGUAAUGCAGGCAUUUGGUCAAAUGACGCUGCCAGCCAAAGUGGAAUAUUUCCAACCCGGAAAAGGAAAAUGGCGACGCUGGUUGAUGCGUUUAGAGGAAACUUUCGAAUGUUUCGGAGUUUUUGAAGAGGAACAGAAGAGAAGGAUGCUGAACCAUUAUCUAGGCUCUGAAGCCUAUGAUAAGUUGUGUGACCGCAUUAGUCCCAGGAUACCUAAAGACCUUAAAUACGCCGAAAUUGUCCGGGAAAUGACUGAAUGUUUCGAUCCGGAACCACUGGAGAUUGUCGAAGUUUAUCACUUCCAAAUGAGGAAACAAGCAGAAGGAGAAUCUUGCGACGAGUAUUUGGCCGCUCUGAGGAAGUUGUCAACUAAAUGCAACUUUGGCGAGUUUUUGGCGAAGGCACUACGAAAUCAAUUUGUGGUGGGCCUGAGGAACAAGACCAUUCAACAGAGACUUUUGGAGAAGCGUGAACUCACACUGGAACUUGCUUUGGACAUCGCGAAAGCUAUGGAGUCUUCAGAACUGGGAGAAGAAGUAAUACAACAACGUAAGCAAGAGAUUAACAAGGUCAGCGCGACACAGAGGAGUUCUACAACGAAGGAAACCACUUCAAAUGAUGCUGAGGACGCUUCGAAGAGGACCAGGAGAUGCUUCAAAUGUGGAUCAACAUCUCAUCUUUCGAAUCGCUGCAAUAGGGAGGUGACAUGCUACAUUUGUAACAAAUCAGGACAUAUUUCCACUUUUUGCUAUCAGAAAAAUUCUAAGGGAGGAGCAAAGGCUCAAGAUAAUGAGAAGUUAAAUAGAGUGGAAGAUAUCAUGUAUUUGGAGUCUACUCUUUGCAAGAAGAUUUGUUUGCCAAUUAGAGUCAAGGGAAAAGCUAUGAUUUUCGAGGUUGACAGCGGUUCACCAAUUUCAAUUAUUGGUAUGAGAGACAAAGAUAAGUUUUGGCCCAAUGAAGAGAUUUUGCCCUCAAGGCGUAAUUUUGUUGGAUAUGACGAUAACAAAAUUGAGAUUGCUGGAUUUAUUAGAGUCAAUAUUGAGAUUGAGGGCAGGAGACUUCAAGGUCAGAAUUUGUACGUGUCUAUGGCUUUGGACAAGACUCCACUGUUGGGAAGAGAGUGGAUUCAAAGAUUAAAUUGGCUGAACUGGAAUGAAGUGAUGCAAAUUCAUAAAGUGAGUGAAAUGAAAGAUGUUUCAAAAUAUGUGGAUGAGUUGAAGAAAGAGUUUCAGACAGUUUUUGAAGAUUCGAUGGGAAGAAUUGAGGGAUUUCAAGGUGAAUUGAAGUUGCAGGAUGAUUGCAAACCCAUUUUUCUAAGAGCGAGAAAUGUGCCUUUUGCUUUGAGGGAAUCUGUGGAAAAUGAGAUAAAAUCUUUAGUCAAAGAUGGUGUUUUGGUUAAGGUUAAUCAAAGUAGAUGGGCAACGCCUGUAGUGGCGAUUCCAAAAUCAUCCGGGAGGGUACGACUUUGUGGAGAUUAUAGUUGUACGGUUAAUCCAAGAUUGAUUAUUGAUAAGCAUCCGUUGCCAACAACGGAAGAACUAUUGUCUGAUUUGGCUGGUGGUGAGAGAUUUUCUAAGAUUGAUCUGUCUCAAGCGUACUUACAACUAGAAGUGAGGGAGGAAGAUAGAGAAAUAUUGACGUUGAGUACACAUAAAGGCUUAUACAGACCUACACGACUUAUGUACGGAGUAGCAUCAGCUGUAGCGAUUUGGCAGCGUAUGAUGGAGUCCUUAUUGUUGGACAUUCCAGGGGUGAAAGUAUUCUUGGAUGACAUAAGAAUAACGGGUUCAAAUGAUGAAGAACAUUUUGACAGACUAAAGGAGGUGUUCAGGAGGUUGAAAAGUAAGAAUAUGAGAGUUAAUUUUGGGAAAUGUGAAUUUUUUGCUGACAAAAUUUCGUAUUGUGGGUACGUAAUAGAUAAGCAGGGUAUUCACAAGGAUCCGAAGAAAGUGGAGGCUUUAGAAGAGAUGCCACGUCCAACUAAUAAAGAUGAAGUUAGAGCGUAUACCGGAUUUGUGAAUUAUUAUGGACGUUUCUUUCCGCAUCUUAGCACGAAGUUGCAUCCAAUUAACGAUUUGUUGAAGAAAAAGGGGUUUCAUUGGAAUAAACAUUGUGAGAAAGCGUUCAGAGAAAUAAAGAAAGAAAUGUCAAGUGACAAGGUGUUGGCUCAUUUUGAUGAGAAGCAGGUUGUAGUAGUGGCAGUGGAUGCCAGUCCGGUUGGUGUUGGUGCGUGUUUAGGACAUCGUUAUGAAGAUGGCACGGAGAGGCCAGUGAAUUUUGCAUCUCAAACUUUGACUGAUACACAGAAGAAAUAUACCCAGUUGGACAAAGAAGCGUAUGCCAUAAUCUUUGGUUUGAAGAAGUUCUUUUCGUAUCUGUGGGGUCGGAAAUUUGUUUUGAUAGUGGAUAAUAAGCCAUUAUCACAAAUUAUGAAUCCGGUGAAGGGUUUGCCGCAUUAUUCAGCGUUGAGAAUGCAGCAUUAUGCCAUGUAUUUACGGGGAUUUGAUUUUGAAGUGGAGCAUCGUAAAACGGAAUUACAUGGGAAUGCUGAUGGUCUUUCUCGUUUGCCUUUAAAUAAUAUCUCGACGUUUGAAACAGAUGAACCGGAAUUAGUUCAGAUAGGGCUAAUUAAUGCGCUUCCGGUAUUGGCUUCAGAGAUUGCAAAGGAAACGGCUUUAGAAGUUGAAGUUCGAGAAUUGAUGAUGGGACUUAAAGAUGGGAAAUUUGUUAAGAAAGAAAGCAGAUUUGGCAUUCCAAUGGAAGAGUUUUCAUUUAAGCAUGGUUGCCUUGUGAGGGGAAUAAGGACGUAUAUUCCUAAAAAGUUGAGGUGUGCUGUUUUGAAUGAAUUGCAUGAGGGACAUAUGGGAGUCGUGAAGAUGAAGUUAUUGGCGAGAAGUUAUUGUUGGUGGCCUAAUGUGGAUAAAGAUAUUGAACAGUUGGUGUUAAAUUGUACAAAUUGUCAAGAGAUUCGGGCAGAGCCACCGAAGGCACCGAUUCAUUUGUGGGAAAAUGCGAAGGAAGCUUUUCAGCGCAUUCAUAUUGAUUACGCGGGACCGAUUUGUGGGAAAUGGUUGCUGAUAGUGGUAGAUGCUUACUCAAAAUGGCCUGAAGUAGCAAUCGUUUCAGACAUGACGGCAUUGACUACAAUUGACGAAUUGAGGAAGAUUUUUGCGACGCACGGAGUGCCUGAAGAGAUUAUAUCUGAUCAAGGACGUCAAUUCAUGAGCUGGGAAUUUAGAGAGUUUUGUAAGAGUAAUGGGAUAGUGCAUAAAACGGGAGCUCCGUAUCAUCCUGCUACAAAUGGUCAAGCUGAAAGGAGAACUCCUCACAGUGCGACUGGAGAGUCUCCAAGCCAAAGAUUGUAUAAAAGGCAGAUACGCUCACGAUUGGAUUUACUUAUUCCUAAGGAAGUGACAAAGAAGGAGAACGUUGAGGGGCUGAAUCUAAAAGGGGUUCGAUCACUUGAGGUGGGCGAUCGAGUAGCUGCUAGGAACUAUAGAGUGGGAGAGGCAAAAUGGAGAUUCGGAAAUGUAGAGACGAGAUUUGGUCAGUUGCAUUAUAACAUUGUUUUGGACAAUGGUGUAAAUUGGAAAAGGCAUAUUGAUCAAUUGAGGAAAGUGGGAUCAAAUGCUGGUUUGAAUCAAAGACAAGUUGGUCAGUCUUAUUGGGAUGUUGACACAUCGAACUCAGAUCUUCCAUACGAAUCAGUUGAAGAAAAUUUUGACGGAAAUAAUAAUGAAUUUGAAUCUGCAUCAAUUCAUGAAGGUGGAGUGAGUGGAGGAGAAGAUGAGGAAGUAGAGCCAAGAGUUGAAGAUGAAGGAGGAGAGAGAGAAGGACACAAUUGGAGGGUUAAAUGGAGCGUAGUGUCCUCGGGGGGCGUCACAGAGAUCCGGAGGGGGAUAAAAGCUUGUCGGCCAGUUGAAUGCUUUCAAGGAAAUCCACACGAGCACCGGCUUGUCUUGUCCCUCCUGGGCUCCAUAGCUGAUGACUCGGAGCGCUUCGCCUGGGAUUUCGAUCGGGUGUUUGCAGUGCAUCGUUAA